CACAGGAAAAAACAAAUCCACAUCUCAGAGCGAUACAACUGCAAGCAUAACCACAGGCCUUUUUGCUAGUGCAGGUGCACCUGAAGUCGCUGCACGCUGUUCAGAGAAGAGUGAGUUUCUAAAGAGCUUCUGGUGUACAAGAUGAGUGCCUCACUGGAAAGGACUACAGACUGUCCCUUGCCGCUUCUCAGAGAUGACUCCAGCCCAGAUGAGGAGAGAGAGAACCUGACAGGCUCAAGUGAGUUACGUUGGGAGGAUGGAGGUCUACCUUUGGAGCUGCAGAGAGGCAUGGAAACCCUACGAGUGAACAGGGAACUGACUGAUGUGGUGCUGUGUGUUCAGGGACAUGACUUCCCUUGUCAUAGAGCCAUACUCGCAGCUGCCAGUCACUACUUCAGGGCAAUGUUUUGCAGUGGUCUGAAGGAGAGUCAUGAGGAGCGUGUGGAAAUAAAGGGGUUGGACAGUGGGACGAUGCGCUCUCUCCUGGAGUAUACCUACACCAGCCGAGCCAUCCUUACACACUCAAAUGUCCAGAGAAUACUAGAAGCUGCCAGUCAGUUUCAGUUCCUGCGUGUGGUGGAUGCAUGUGCUGGCUUUCUGAACAAGUCCCUGCAUCUAGAGAGUUGCAUUGGGAUCCUCAAUCUUGCUGAAAGCCACGCUCUACCGUCACUGAAGACCGGGGCUCAGGACUACAUCACCUCUCACUUCUCCGAGGUGGUCCAGCAGCAGGACUUCCUGGAUCUGCCAGCAGACUCGCUAGAGAAUGUCCUGCAGAGUGACAAACUUGACGUGAAGUGUGAGGAGUGUGUUUUUGAGGCACUCAUGCGAUGGGUGAGGGCCCAACAGGAUGAACGAUACCCUUUACUGGCCAGGUUGCUUUCACAUGUUCGACUGCCACUGCUGGAGCCUGCAUACUUUGUAGAAAAAGUGGAGUCGGAUGAACUGAUUCGCCGCUGCAGUGAGGCUUUUCCUUUGUUGCAAGAAGCCCGCACCUAUCACCUGUCCGGCAGGGAGGUGGUCUCUGAAAGAACCAAACCGCGCGAGAAACACUUCCUAUCAGAGGUGUUCCUGAUAAUUGGAGGCUGCACUAAAGAUGAACGCUUCAUUUCCACUGUCACCUGUUUGGACCCCCUCAGACGCAGCAGGCUGGAAGUUGCCAGGCUGCCAAUCACAGAGAUGGAGGACGAAUCCCAAAACAGAAAAUGGGUGGAGUUUGCCUGCAUCACCUUCCGCAAUGAAGUGUACAUAUCUGGAGGUAAAGAGACACAGCAUGAUGUCUGGAAAUAUAAUGGCGCCCUAGACAAGUGGAUCCAGAUUGAGGCGCUGACAACUGGGCGCUGGAGACACAAGAUGGCAGUUCAUGGGGGGAAGGUGUACGCACUGGGUGGAUUUGAUGGUGUUCAGAGACUUGCUAGUGUUGAGGCCUAUGAUCCUUUUCACAAUCGCUGGACACAGGUGACACCUCUUGCAGUAGGUGUGAGCUCCUUUGCUGCUGCAAGCUUUGACAGAUGGAUCUAUGUGAUUGGUGGUGGGCCCAAUGGAAAGCUGGCAACUGAUCAGGUCCAGUGCUGGGAACCUGGGACAGACUGCUGGGAACUGCGGGCUCCCAUUCCCAUCGAAACCAAAUGCACUAAUGCAGUCACAUUCAAGAACUGCAUUUAUAUAGUUGGUGGUGCCAUGCAUGCCAUGUACUGCUACUCACCUCUGUCAGACUCCUGGUCCCUUGUAACCCGUCUGGGGGAGAGGGCAAGCUGUGCUAUUGCUGCCUGUAACAACAAACUCUUCAUCACUGGGGGACGGGAUAACAAGAACCAAGUCAUUUCCACAGUGAUGUGCUGGGACGUUGGCCGUGGGGUGUUGACGGAGGAGUGUGUUUUACCUAUGGGAGUGUCGCACCAUGGCAGUGUGACACUGAUGAAGUCCUACACACACAUACACAGAGUAACACCUGCUGAGUGCCAGUGACACAGGCUUCUGUUAACAGGACAUUACUGAUGUUGAGAGAAUGGCUGAAAAGGGAAAUAAAGUGACAGAAAAGGGAACAAUCAACUACUAGGUGUGAAUCACUCCUUUAGCUGUAUAAUGUCAUAUUAGAGCAGCAAUUCUUGAAACUUGAUUUAAUACUGAAAUAAAUGAAUGAAAUAAAAACUACAGUAUAUAUAAGACUAUUUAAGGUGUUUGAUACCAAGAAAUACAUUGUUUUAUGGCUUUUUACAGUUAAGUAAGUAAUGAAAUGGAAACUGAAUAGAGCAAUAUUUGGAUGAAAUAAAUACAUGCAUAUUAAAAACUAAUAAUAUGUACAACAACAA